GUCGUCCCUUGUGACUGAAAUCCCUAGAAUACAAUGCUAGAACUCCAAAACCUAAUGCAUGACACACAGUUAGCUCCUCUAGAAUUGCACUGGCACAAGCUGCCGCUGCUGCCCCAGAAUAUCUUUGCCACGCUUUAUUUUGUGGUUGUCUGCGUAAUCACAAACACCUUUCACAACUAUGCAUGAGAGAUACUUGCAUACCCCCCGCGGCUUCCAUCUCAAAAGCGAGGAAACUCCCCUUUUCUGCCAUUGUAUCACGGUGUUCUCCAGAUUUCAUAACAGAGCUCCCUGAAGCAAA